AUGGCCAGUAAGGGCCCCUGGCCUGCCUGCGUCGAAGAUUACGACGAAGAACACCACGCCAUCUUACCAGACACCAGGCUUUCUGCCAAUAUUGCUGCCAAUACAGCUGCCAAAUUAUCUACCAGGUUGGAAAGAUUCCAGGAGCCGCUGAUCGACGGCGCCAGUGACUCAGGUUACUCUAGUCGUACCGCCGCUACGGUGAAUAGCACCCAAUCUGGGCCGUCGGGCGGAAAGGGCCCCACGACCCCUCUUAAGCUGGACACCCCCAGGCGUAACGACCUCGCCAGGAAAAGUUCCACCAGAGAACGCAAGGACAAAGAACGAUCCCGACCCUCGCGCGAAGAGAAGAUGGUUGGUGCCUAUCCGGGCGCUGCCCAUCAUGCUCAUGUGCCCCGGUCGUCGUCCAAGUCUCGUCAACGAGAAUCUUCCCAUGCCGGCCCGUAUCACGAUAAUUACUAUGAUUACCCUACUCAGUAUCAUCAAUCCAACCCGGGUGACCACCGGCAGAGCGAAUAUUCCUAUUACCAGUCACGCCCACCAGUCCCGGAAUACUCAUCGUCAUCGCACCAUGCUCAUUAUCCAGCCGUCGUAGAGAAUAUUCACGCCAGUCAUUCUGGUCGACCCAGCCGCUCCAAUUCAUAUCACACCUACCACCCAAACGGACGCCCCAUGAGUUUCCACGGUGUACCACAUGGAAUGGGCUCGGGAAUGGCAUCUCCCAUGUACCCCCAGCAUGGAUACGAUCAUCAUGGCCCUCCACCAGCCAGCUCAGCAUACAUGCACCAAUACUCAUCCUCUUCAUAUGGACAAACCCCUUCCUACUACGCCCCAUCGGCCUCGGACUAUCCCCCAUCGGAAUAUCCACGAGAGCGGUCCCGGUCCCGGGAACCAUCCCGCCAUCGGUCCUCAUCCGUAUAUACUGCCCCAAUCCCACCGGUGGACUCUGCGUCGUAUCCCUGGUUUGAUGAAGAGCCACCCAUGGAGCACUACUCCUCCCGGGAUGUCCGUGAGCGUCCGCCCACAAGACAUCAGGAACAAGAUGAAGACUACUAUCGGAUGCCACCACCGGGAGCCAAGCCCAAGCCCAGGCCGCAGAUUCACCAGGCGAAGCGGCCAGAGCGGCCAGAGCCACCCCGGAAAAUGCAUACCUCUGCCGGUAUUCCCUCCCAACGUCGCCCAUCCAGAGGCAUGGACCGAGAUCUGGACCGCAUGGACAUGCCGGAACUUGGAGCCGCCUUGCCGGUGAUUCAGGAUCGCUCCCGUCGUCGGAUAUCAAGGGAAGCCCCGUUGCCUGAGAGAACCCAUAGUCUACGAGAUCGCCGACGAUCGACCUCCUACCAGGAUGAUCGACGGACUGCUCAGGUGGCCGUGGCGAGCUCUCGGCGGCGGAAGCCAAUCGAUUUCUCGGACGACGAACAGUCCAGCUCCGGCGGCGACCUUGAAGACCUCGAGCGGGAAGCUGAGAACUACCAGGCAGCCCGAUCUGGCCGAGCCGCAUCGGCUGCACUGCCUCCCUCCGCGGAUGCAUUGCUUCCUGCCAAGGCGUCUCACCGCAACGGGAGCGAGAGCGGCAGCCAGAACAGUCGGUCGAGCCGCGACAGUGCUACACCCUCACGGAAGGAGGAAGACAAAAACAUGACCCUUACAUUGAACGGGUUUCAAAUUGGAUUUACCUCUGAAGCAGUUACCGGCAAAUCCAUUAACAUUCUUACUGAGGAAACUGGAGGUGUUCGAUUGAAUAUCGGCGGCCCGCGGGUACCUAAGCAGCAUGUGAACAGUACCAGCUCUAACUAUGCGGGCGGCUCCAGCCGUCGGGAACUUGAAGACGUGGUGCGGCGUCCCCGGGAUGAUAGGCGGUCGGAACGCUCUCGUCGUUGA